AUUCAUAAUCUGGAUUACCAACUAAGUAGAGUUUCUAGUAUCAAACAAACUCGGAAGAAACUUAAAUAAAAUUUCCAACUUACUUCAAUUUCACUUCUCCAUUUCUCUGUUUCUCUCUCUAACUUAUCAAACCCUAUGCAAUCUCUCUCUCUCUCUCUUCUUUGAUCUGAGCCUUAGCUACACAAAAUUUAGUUGUUGUGGUUUUUGCUAACCAAGAAUGGAUUGAAGUUUUGCUUCUCUUUUGGAUCUUUCAGUUUCUUGCUGAUAUUUUAGUGAUUUCUAAGGACUACUAUCGGGUUGUGUAGCAUCAAUGACAGACAGCAGUAAAUUCUGUUUUCUGUUGGUUUCCGCUUUUGUGUUGUUGGCUGUUGUAGUUAAUGUGACAUCGGCGCAAAACUAUGUGCCCGGUGAUGAUAUUCUGUUGAACUGUGGAGGUCCUGAUAAUCUUCCAGAUGCAGAUGGUCGGAAAUGGCGCACGGAUAUUGGGUCAAAAUAUAUGUUGGGUCAUAAGUCAGCAAGCUCUGAUGCUGCUGAUCAAAAGCCAUCUGUCCCUCAAGUCCCUUUUAUGUCUGCCCGUGUUUUCCAGUCUGAGUUCACCUAUAGUUUCCCUGUAGCAUCUGGUCGUAAGUUUGUGCGUCUCUAUUUCUAUCCCUCGUCUUACAACAAGCUUAAUUCUACCAAUGCCAUCUUUGAUGUGACCGUUGGAUCAUAUACCUUGCUUAAAAACUUCAGUGCUGCACAAACAGCUGAAGCUCUUACCUAUGAUUACUUGACCAAGGAGUUCUCAAUCAAUGUGCCAUCAGUAACUUUGAACAUGACUUUCACACCCUCUCCAAAUACUUCAAACUCCUUUGCGUUUGUCAAUGGGAUUGAGAUUAUUUCACAUCCUGAUAUCUAUAAUACAGAAGAUGGACUUACCUUCGUCGUGGGUCAGAGUCAGGGUGCCCCUUUCAUCAUUGACAAUUCUACUGCCCUGGAAAAUGUUUAUCGCCUUAAUGUUGGAGGCAAUGUGAUCUCACCGUCAGGUGAUACUGGUAUGUUUAGGUCUUGGGGUGAUGACGCACAGUAUAUAUUUGGAGCAGCCAGUGGAGUUACAGAUACUGCCGAUGAUGAGAAUGUCACAGUAAGCUAUCAUGGCGGAACGCCAUCGUACAUUGCCCCACUUGAUGUCUAUAAGACAAUUAGGUCAAUGGGUCCAACUCCUCAAAUUAACCUGCAGUACAAUUUGAGUUGGGUUUUCUCAGUUGAUUCGGGAUUCUCUUAUCUUGUUAGGCUCCAUUUCUGUGAAAUCACUAAAAAUAUCACAAAAAUCAACCAGAGGGUGUUUAUCGUUUACAUGAAUAAUCAGACCGCAGAUCCUGCAGCAGAUGUCAUUGCUUAUGCUGGAGGCAACGGGGUUACAUUCCACAAGGAUUUUGUGGUCCAAGUCCCUCCUGGGGCUACACAGCAGGAUCUUUGGCUUGCCCUCCAUCCAAACACAGCUUCAAAAUCCAAUUUUUAUGAUGCAAUUUUGAAUGGAAUAGAGAUUUUUAAAGUGAGUGACACCAAUGGAAACCUUGCUGGGCCUAAUCCUGUUCCAGUUGCAGAACCAGAUCAUAUUGACCCUCUGCCAUCCAAAAAAGGUCAAUCAAAAAAUAAUAAAUCAGCUAUUGGUGGAGGUGUUGGAGGUGCAAUUGCUGCUGCAAUUCUUAGUGGGUUAGUUGUAUGCCUUAUCAAGCGCCGCCGGAAAGGUGGGAAGGUCCAAAGUCCAAGCGAUGGACCGUCAGGGUGGCUCCCUCUUUCUUUGUAUGGAAAUUCACAUACUUCUGGUUCUGCUAAGACGAACACUACAGGCAGUUAUGCUUCGUCCCUCCCAUCAAACCUUUGUCGUCACUUUUCAUUUGCAGAGAUCAAGGCAGCCACCAAUAACUUUGAUGAAGCUCUGCUUCUUGGGGUGGGUGGUUUUGGGAAAGUAUACCAGGGAGAAAUUGAUGGUGGCACGAAAGUUGCUAUCAAACGUGGGAAUCCUCUUUCUGAGCAAGGUGUUCAUGAAUUCCAAACGGAAAUUGAAAUGCUCUCGAAACUUCGCCAUAGGCAUCUUGUUUCUUUGAUUGGUUAUUGUGAAGAGAACUGUGAAAUGAUCCUUGUAUAUGACUACAUGGCUCACGGUACCCUUCGUGAGCAUCUAUAUAAGACUCAGAAGCCUCCUUUACCGUGGAAGCAGAGGCUUGAGAUUUGCAUUGGUGCUGCUCGUGGGUUGCACUAUCUUCAUACUGGUGCCAAGCAUACUAUUAUCCACCGUGAUGUAAAGACCACUAAUAUCCUCUUGGAUGAGAAGUGGGUGGCAAAGGUUUCUGAUUUUGGGUUGUCUAAAACAGGUCCUACAUUGGAUCACACCCAUGUCAGUACCGUGGUGAAGGGCAGUUUUGGAUAUCUUGAUCCAGAAUACUUCAGAAGGCAGCAACUCACAGACAAAUCUGACGUCUACUCAUUUGGUGUAGUGCUGUUUGAGAUAUUGUGUGCUCGGCCAGCACUGAACCCAACUCUUCCAAAGGAGCAAGUGAGCUUAGCAGAGUGGGCUUUCCAUUGCUACAAGAAGGGCACGUUUGACCAGAUAAUCGACCCAUAUCUGAAAGGGAAGCUUGCACCAGAAUGCUUGAAGAAAUUUACAGAGACAGCAGUGAAGUGUGUGUCUGAUGUUGGUGUAGACAGGCCGUCGAUGGGAGAUGUGCUUUGGAACCUUGAAUUUGCUCUGCAACUUCAGGAGAGUGCAGAGGAGUGUGGCGGCAAAGGUUUUGGAAAAAUGGACAUUGAAGAAGGCGGCUUUGAUGAUGUCACAUGCAAAGGAAAGGAUGCAUCCCCAGGUGGUUAUGAUGCCAGCAUGACUGAUUCAAGAAGCAGUGGGAUAUCCAUGAGCAUUGGCGGCCGCAGCCUUGCUAGUGAAGACUCGGACGGUCUAACACCUAGUGCUGUUUUCUCCCAAAUCAUGAAUCCAAAAGGACGUUAAAAUCUCAAAUCAAAUACACGUUGCUACAGCUCGUUAAGGCAAUGUGCUAUCGGCCUCUUAACAACAGAAGUCACUUUUUCCUUUUUCUUUUUCCUUCCUCGUACUGCCUUAUUCUUUUACUCACUAUUUAUUUUGCAUUUCAUAUGUUUUAUUUAAACUCCUUUUGUAAGUUGUAUCUACCAAUACUCAAAAAGUGAAAUAAUUUUUCAUUGUACUAUUAACUGAUGAAGAGGUUGUUCACUAUA